AUGUCAGUGAAUUGUUUAAUGAAAGCAGGAGUAUGUGCAGCGUAUAUAAUAAUUAAAAGGAACUGCGAUAAAAGGACAGCAAAGUCAAAAAGGAUAUGGAUGCGUGACUAUUUUAAAGACAAUAAAAAUGAAUUUUUAAAAGAGAUAGAUAAUGACGACUAUCUUUUCAAAAAUUUUACACGGAUGUCUCAAAUAGAUUACAAUAUUCUAUUGGAUAUGAUAAGGCCGCUAAUAACAAAAAGGGAUACGGUUAUGCGUGAGGCUAUACCUGCUGAAAUCAGUCUCGCAAUCACACUCCGUUAUCUGGCAACAGGCGACUCAUACGCAAGCCUAAGCUUCCUAUUCAAAGUUUCAACACAAAGCAUUUCGAAAAUUGUUCCUGAAGUAGCGAAAAGUAUUUGUUCAGCACUGAAAGAUUACAUAAAGGACACAGGAGAUUGGAGGGUAGUUGCAAACAACUUUGAUAAAAACUGGAAUUUCCCACAUUGUUGUGGAGCAAUGGACGGAAAACAUGUGCUCAUUCGAUGCCCCCAGAAUAGUGGAAGUACAUUUUUUAAGUACAAGGGCACCUUUAGCAUUGUGUUGUUUGGUGUCGUUGAUGCAGAUUAUUGUUUUACCUACGUUAAUGUCGGUUGCCAGGGGAGGAUCUCAGAUGGAGGUGUGUUCAAAAAUACGGAAUUCGGAAAGAGACUUGAAAAGAAUCAACUAAAAUUACCCAAAGAAGAAGCCCUCCCUGGAAGAACACUGCCAAUCCCGUAUGUCUUAGUAGCUGUCGAUGCAUUCCCGUUAACCACAAAUAUAAUGAAACCUUUCCCAGGGGAAAUAACAAGAAACUCGCCAAAUAGAAUAUUUAAUUACAGGCUGUCGAGAGCCCGUAGAAUUGUUGAAAAUGCUUUUGGAUUACUGGCAGCCGUUUUUAGAAUAUUUCGUAAGCCACUAGAAUUAACAGAACUCGAAACUGCUAUAGAUGUCGUAUUAUGCUGCAUUUAUAAUACUUGCAUAACUUUCUACGAAAGCAAUCUUCCUCCAGAAAUAUACACGCACCCUUUGGUACUUUUGAUUCGGAAGAUGCCAGUUGUGGCGAAAUUAUACCCGGUUCAUGGAGAAAAACGACACAAUCAGACAGAGGUUUGCAACCACUUUCUUCAAUUCCUAGGAAACCUUCAAAUGAUGCUAAGGAAAUAAGAAACGAAUUUCAACAAUAUUUUCUAUCCGAGGAAGGAUCAGUUCAAUGGCAGGAUAAAUACAUGUAAAUUUCUCUUAUCCAAAUUAUAUUUUUUUGAUUAAAAUAUACUACUUACUUCUUCAA